CACACAGAUGCAAAGUAAACGGACGCUAGACCACAAGCACAAGACUCUGCUGUCUUUUUUUUCUUUCCCUCUGGGGAAACUAAACGAAUUUUUUAGACACAAGUCGCUCCUGGUUCACAGAAAGUUGAGCGGAACACAACCCGGAACUCCCGAGUCCAAGAAAGGCUGACGUCUCCCCAAACUGAAAUCUGAGCCGAAGGAGCAGAAUGGCUACAAACAUUAAACACCUGGAAUUGUACUUGCUUUGAUAAUAUCUCAUACAGUUGCCAAAGAAGUUUGGGAAAAGCUCCCUAAAAAGGCCUACAAAACUCUUCCCCCCCAGUGGAUUACACCGGAGAGGCUGACAACAUGCCUAUCCUCAAGCAGCUGGUGAACAACUCUAACCAAUCCAAGCGGAGGUCUCGAGUGGACCUGACUGUAGAGAUGAUCAGUGCUCCUAUGGGGGACUUCCGUCACACCAUGCAUGUGGGUCGAGCAGGGGAUGCGUUUGGAGACACAUCAUUCCUUAGCACUCGAUCAGGAGAACCUUCCAAGGAGUCGAACAAAAAGCUCGGUUCUCCAGGUUCCAAACCAGGGAUACUAACCCGCACCUUCAGAGGCAGCAAGCGGUCGCAGUCAGUAAAUCGAGCGGACAAGCAAGAGUACAUGUCUUCUGCUGGCUCGUCUCAGUUUGUGAAAACCGCCAUAUCCCUGCCUUACCUAAACGAGGAGAAUUCCAGCAGAGGUAUUACCAACCAGCUGCCGAAAAGUGCCUCCUCAAGCCCCAUGAAGACGCUGGCAGAGGCCGAAAGCAAGCCGGUUAAUGGAGCGGCAGCAAUGGCGACGCUCGAUGUAGAGCUUGACGAGCAGAACUUUGGCGAACUUAAAGACUUGCCUCCAUCCAUGCCUAAAGGAGGCGGGAUGAAGCAUGCAGAGUCCAUGAUGUCCUUCCACAUUGACCUGGGCCCCUCGAUGCUCGGUGACAUCCUGGGUGUGAUGGAGAAGAAAAGCUGGGAGGACGAUGACCAGGGCUACGAGGAAGGCAAGAGUAGUGAGGGCUAUGCGUCUCCUUCACACAUUCCCCACAUUGAUGAUGAUGAUGCUGAAGAGCAGGCUCCUUCAAGACCACCUCGCAGCACGUACCAGUACAAGACCACAGCGGAUCCCUACACUCCCGAGCUAAAUCCCCGGCACAGCCAUCAUAACAUGGAUAGCUGCUCUGUGUCCAGCUCAGGUUCAGAGAAACCUCGAUACCCCCUCCAAGAUGGCGACACAGACAGUGCCAAGUUCAGUUCGCCACAUGGAGAAGAAGAGUUUACCUUCAUGGAUGAGGAUGAGGAUGAAAUAAGAGUGUGAGCGAAGGUUUCACUGCCAUAAACAGUCUUCUUGGGCACUAAAGACAAAAGCAGGUUUUGGGUGUUUGUCACAAAAUGGAGAACCACAAGAGGUUUUCAGUCAGGGUAACGUGAGGUUUCUACUUAUUGUAGAUCAGUCUAAUGUCAGUACGCUCUACUCAACACUAAAAAUACUAUUAGGCCUUUUCACUGUGCUGUAGUGAUAACUGCUUGAGAACUUUUUUUUAAAACAAUUGGGUUAGUCAUGUCAUUUCUGCUACAAACCACCUCAGAGUUAUAGUUGGUUUUUUCCUCCCCCUACAAAAUAAAUCCCAAGUAAAAGUCACAGUAAGAAAUGAGGUUUGGUUUUAAGAAAAGAUGAUGUGGAUGUGUUGUCGGAUUCUAGAGAGAGCCGAUGUAAAUAAGGAACAGGUUUAUAAUCCCAGUGGGUCAAUGACAGUUUUUGCAUGGACACUACUCAGAUUACUUUCAUCCACGUUUAAGGGUGAUUUAUGCUAUUUUUAUAUUGUGUACAUACAGUAAUAGUUCAUCUACAGUAGCCUACUUGUGUUGGGUUAAUUAUUUUUGUCACUCUUUGGGAAGAUCUGUAUUUUAAAUUGAGACGUUUGUCAUAAGGGAUGGAUUAGUCUUAAUGUGAACUGCUAAGUCUUUAAAAGUGUUGAGCUUGUUUUUGUAUUUUUGACACUGCAAACAUGGUACUACAAGAUAUUUUUGCAUAGAAGUAGACGUGUUUUUUUUUUUUUUUUUAACUGCCAAAACAGAAGGCCUUUUCACACAUCAGUUGCAGCUUAUCAGUGUAUUUAAAAAUAUUGCCGUGAGGCUGCAGAGGCCGAUCGGUGGAUCAACUUCCCUGCACCAGACGCCCAUCGACCACUUAUAAUUCUGGACUUCUUAUGAGAUCCUAGAAGUUGAAGCUUGAACAGGACCAGUGUAAGUUUUAAGUCUCACCCCCUCCAUGUAAACUCAUGGGAUUCAUCUUUGUAUAUUAACAGGUUGAAUCAUGUUGGCACUACCUUGCUGCUGUAUGUUAUAAUUGUGUGAGGAAGUAGGCGGGGCUUAAAGCUCCACCUCCAUGAUGACCAGUUUUAUAACACACGGUCGAUGCAGAUGCACAACGGUGAUGAUUCAGGCUUGAUUGAUGAUGUCAUAGGGGCCAAUAAGAGCUAAAAGAAGUUGUAAAAAAGGCAUUUUUAUACUUUUUUUUUCUUGUACGUUUUUAAUAAGACAAACCGUGAUAUGAUCUGUAAUUCUACAUCAUUAAGCAGGUUAGUAGCAAUAAAACCAUUGUUUUAAACUACGCUGCAAUUACAGUUCUGCUCGAUCCAGGCUCGUUUGUGAGGACGGAGAAAAGGAUGUAACAACGUGCACAAGUGCAUGUACUUUUCAGUGUCUGAGCACAGAGUGAAAUGUAUUUGCUGAGCCGACUCCCAAGGUGACAACACUGACGUCCUCUACGUGUCAGAUCACAUGGUAGGAAGAGAUGAUUAAAUCAACCAAUCAUGUGGCCUUUUCCAGCCUGUUCAUUGAAUGUGUUGGAUUACUGCCCCCCCACCCCCCAAGCAGCUGGAGCUGCUCCAGGAACAGACAGGUGGACUUUUUCAAUCG